UUGGAAUUUGGAGGGCUAAAGAUAAACCCUAGCCAUGGCUUCGGCCUCCUCCCUCCUUCUUCGCCCUCUCCUCCCCAGCUCCAAUGCCCGCCUCACCGGGCAUCCUCUACGCCCUCUCUCCCUCUCCCCUCGCCUCCCACCCGGCCGCCAUCGCCUUCAAGCUCUCAUCCCCAAAGCCAGCACCAGAACCCCUCAAGAACAAUCGAAGAAUCCUAGUAAAUCUGAUCAGAGUUCAGAGAAGUAUGAAGAUGUGGAGGAAGAGUUGCCUUGGAUCCAGGAGAAAGCCAUGGACUUGGUGGAGUUCACUGGCACAGUGACUCAAGCCAUCCCUGGGCCUAGAGUUGGCCAGAGUCCUCUCCCAUGGCUUCUCGCUGUGCCUUUGGCGUACCUUGGUCUUACCUUUGUCAUUGCCUUUGUGAAGACUGUCAAGAAGUUCACCUCCCCCAAAGCCCAGCGCAAGAGAUUGGUCAACAAGAAUGCUUAUCUAGUGAAGUCGAUAGAUGAGCUUGUUCUGAAGGGAGAGAGUGGUGUAACACAUCAGGAACUUCAGCAUCUUGCUCAAAAGACAGACUUCAGCAUGGAUGAAAUUUUGAGGAAGUAUAUUCGGUACGCAUUGAAUGAAAAGCCCUUCAAUCCAGUUUUGGUUGUAGAUCUGCUACGUGUCAGGAAGGCAUCAAUGCUAGAGGAUUCCCAAGUUGCCGAGGUUUUAAAUGAGAUUUCAAGGCGAAUUGUUAAGGAGAAAGGCCCAGUUGUGAUGGAUUUGUCUGGAUUCACUGAGAAGGGUUUUAAACGGAAGCUUGCUGUGCAAGCUCUGUUCGGAAAAGUUUUCUAUCUUUCUGAGCUGCCAGAAUUCUGCUCAAGGGACAGCUCAUUAAUUAUUAAAGAGAUAUUUGGAGUAACAGAUGAGGAUGCCGAAAAACUUAGGAUUCACACACUAUCAGAAACAAGCGACGUUGAGUCACUCAACAAAAUGGCUGGUGUUGAAGAUGCUGAAUUACCGCAUUCUAGUGACCCACUGCCACCGGAGGUUGAUGAUCCCGAUUCAGGUGCUGAAGAUGACUGAUAUAUCCUUCUUUUUUUCAACAUCUUGGUGGCUCAACCAAUUUGUAUCCAAGUAGGAACACAGAAUCUCCGAAGAUAGAGAUUAGUUUUCGGCUUCUAGUUAGUUUAUCAGAGCUUUUGUGAUGUGAAGCUUUUGUGGAGUGCUUCUGGUGUUGUUGUAAUGCUGAUACACUCAAUUUUUAUGGCUCUUGUUCAUCCAUUUUGGUGAUCCAAAGGGAAUGCAGUUAGUUUCAUUCAUAUGUUUGCUUGUUGUAACUGAUUUUAUUUUAUUUUAUUUCAUUUAUUUA